CCCAGAGAUGCUUUGCGCCGACUCCAUUAGCGUCUGUCCGUGACUAAGAUGGCGGUGGCUGUGAGAUCUUUGCAAGAUCAGCUUGAAAAAGCGAAAGAAAGUUUAAGAAAUGUGGACGAUAAUAUCAAGAAACUAACGGGAAGAGAUCCAAAUGAACUCAGACCUGGUCAACAAGCCAGGCGGCAAACACUCCCAGGCCCAGGUGGAGGUAGGGGGCGCGGAAUCAACUUGCUCAGGCGUGGACUCUCCGACUCGGGUGGUGGACCUGCAGCCAAACAAAGGGACAUUGAAGGAGCACUCCUUCGGUUGGCUGGAGAUCAAAGAGCAAGGAGAGAUUUCCGCCAUGACAGUGACGCUGAGGAUGAUGACGAUGUCAAGAAACCAGCGUUGCAGUCAUCUGUUGUUGCUACCUCCAAAGAGCGAACACGUCGAGAUCUGAUCCAGGAUCAGACCAUGGAUGAACGGGGAAAGCAGAGGAAUCGACGUAUGUUCGGCCUGUUGAUGGGAACUUUGCAAAAGUUCAAGCAAGAAUCUACAGUGGCUAAUGAUAGACAAAAACGACGCCUGGAGAUUGAGCAGAAAUUGGAAGUGCAAGCUGAGACGGAGCGCAAGAAAGUGGAGAGCGAGAGACGAGAGCUCUUUGAAGAGAGACGAGCGAAACAGACUGAGCUGAGGCUUCUGGAACAGAAAGUGGAACUCGCCCAGUUGCAAGAGGAAUGGAAUGCACACAAUGCCAAGAUAGUCAAGUUUAUCCGCACUAAGAGCAAGCCGCCCAUCUUCUACUUGCCUGGCAAAAUGUGCUCAGCAACCCAGAAGCUGCUAGAGGAAUCGCAGAAAAAAAUGAAUGGUUUGUUUGAGGAGCGGCGCAAGAGCUUUGCCGAGCAGCUGGGCAAGAUGGAGGCUCGGCCACGGCGCCAGUCCCAGAGGGCCGAGGGCGCCCAGGAGGAGGGCGCGGGCGCGAAGAAAGAAGAACGAGAGGAGGGUAAGCCGGGACAGGUAGUGAAGGUGACGGGUAACCGCCAAGCAGAUGAGGAGAUGGAGGAUGAGGAGGAUCAGGAGGAAGAGGAGGAGAAGAAGGAGCCAGAUGAGAUGGAGGAAGGGACAGAGAAGGAGAAGGAGUCUAAGGGCAAGGUAGGCCACAAGCAGGAGGACGGGGAGUCAGGCGACAAGGUGCAGGCGGGUGGGAAGAGGAAGAGGGUGGCGGAAAAGGAUGAGGAGGAAGACGAGGAGUCUGAGGAGGAGGGAGAGGCCAAGGAAGAGGAGGAGCAGAUGGAGGUAGGUGAUGCAGAGGGUAGUAAGGGGGAGAAGCAGGGGGAGGGGGAGGAGGGAGAUAAGUUAGCGCAGGGUAUGGAGGAGAGUCCAAAGGCAGAGGUGAUGGCAGAGGAGGUGGGUAGCCAGAGUAGGCAGGAUGAGGAGCAGCAGCAGCAGGAGGAGAAAAGCGAGGCUAAGGACCAUCGACAGGAUAUGCCGACCAAACCCCAGGCUUCAGAAAGCUUCCCCGAGACCCAAACCGCUUCCGCCAGCGAGCCCAUGCUGGACGUUUCUAUCCCGGGGCUGGAAGACACAGACAGCACCCAGGAGCCAGCCUCUCAAAACGCAGCACUUGCCGACGGUGGCAUAGCCGAAGCUGCAGCUGCGGCAGCAGCCGUGUUGGCAGCUGCCGUGACCGACCUUGAGACCACCACCUUCCAGCCGCCCCCCACCCAGGACGCCCCCGCAGACCUCACAUCCCCCGCCAAGGACGCACCAAAAGAGGGGGCCGCCACCGACACCGUCGGCUCCGAGGCUAGCCAACCACAGCAGCAACAGUCCCAACCACAGCCAGAGGAGUCUGCAGAGGCAGCAGCGGCUGAGGACCGUGGGCGCGCCAAAACUCGGGACGGUAGCAAGAAGAAGAGCAGCCGAGGGGGCAGUAGUAGCUCCUCGUCCUCCAGCGGUUCCAGCGGCUCCUCGUCCAGUGGGAGCAGCUCCUCCUCAAGUUGCUCCAGCUCCAGGAGCUCCUCCAGCGACAGCUCCUCAAGCUCCUCCUCCUCCAGCAGGAGCCGCAGCCGGGGACGCGGUGGAGGUGGAGAGGGCGGCCGCGGUGGUAGCGACCGUGACCGCCACAAGCGCAAGAGGAGGUCCUCAGGAGGCCGGGACCGCGGGGAGAGGAAGAGGGACAAGGACGGAGGAGGACAUCGGGGUAGUCACAAGUCUUCCAAGAGCGGGGGAAGGGACGGGAAGGGCUCGAAGGAUAAGUCGGACCGGAAGAGGACGAGCUCCGAGGGCGGCCGCUCGGAUCGGAAGAGGCACUCGCGCAGCGAUCGAGAUCACAAAUCCGACCGCAAAGAAAAAAGGCGUUGAAGGUUAUGAAAUUAAGUUUUAUUCGUGAGGGGGAGGGAGUUUAAAACAAUUCUCAAGUGUCAGAUGUCUUGAGAAUGCCUGAAGGAUGCAACUUAAGCUGGGCAGUAAGUUGUAUGCUGGACCUGGAGCUACAGAAUUUGGGUAGACUGGUUUUGGGAGGCGUAGGGGGAGGGUCGGGGCUGGCGUGGGGAAGGGGGGAGUCUGUUCUUGUUCUCCAAGUGUAAAAUCAACUGUCUGCCUUUAACCGUCUUCUAUCUCCACUUCCAGACUUCAGUCUAGCACAUUUUUUUAAAAGUAACUUUGCUUAGGAGGUGUGAUCUUUUUUUUUCGUCUGUGAUUCAAAAAAACAUGAAAUAUUCGUCUGCUGUAUGGCAGCUUAUUGAUUCGGCCGUUUGUUUUCACUUUUUGUUUCAAAACUGCGUAUGCUGAGGGGCAAAGAUGGAAAGCGGCCAGAUCUGAUCCGUCAGUUUUUGCAGAUGCUGUGUCCCCAUUUCAGGCUGUAAAAGACUUGCGGCGCGCUACAUGGUUGUAUCUUUUAUAGUUUUAGAAAGAUGUUGAUUCGAUGCCAGAUCAAACGCAGGGAAGGUCGUUUUAUGAGGGUGGACUCAAACAUAUUUUUUUUGUACAAGUGACAGAAAAUAAUUAAAAACACUUAAAUGAAA